AUGGUCUGCCCCUCCUAUGGGGAUGGUUGGUCUCACCUUUAUGCAUUGUUGGUGAUAGGUUCUAUCUCCAUUUCCAUGAAGCAUAGCUUGAAAAACCCGCUGACGGACACAAUCAUCAACUCAGAGGAUGGUCUACACUGGCCCAUAGAAGUGCUCGGCAUCAUCAAGACAUCUCAGCUGAGAAGCCUCUUUAUUUUUUCAUCAUAUUGGGGGAUUGCUCAGAGCGGGGGGCAUGUCUCGAAGCCACAUGUUCUCGAAACAAGGGCCUCUCGGGUAAUAGUUCUCUGCAUCACCUACUUGACCCAUAAUAUUUUGGGUGGUCAGCCCAUCAUCAUGCAAUGGUCAUCACUGCCUCUGGACAAGAUGCCUUGCCGGGUCUCCUCAAUUGAAUGCCCAUUCGUACCUAUCACUCCUUUGGCUUCAGCAUCGGUUAAGCGGGGUUCUCAUAAUCUUAGAGAUCCUAGAUACAUGACAAAUGGGGUCUUAUGUUGCUCCAACGAAGGCAACGAUAAUGACCAGCUAUCAAGAAGGGCUCGGCAAUUCUCUUUUAGAGCCUUGGAGGUUGUUGGCACUACAAUACUAUGGCCCGACGCCUAUGUCCCUAGGCACUCCUUGAUUCAUGAGAGCUGCACAGCAUCUUCAAAAAAGCCGGUAACACAGCAUAAAUGA